AUGUAUGCUGCCGGGAAGAAGAAAGGAAGACAGAAAGUUUCUGACCCAGGCUGGGUGGGCUGUGCAGGGUGGAGCCUGCCUGGUGUGGGAGGGGCUUUAGUUUGUCAGCUGACCAUGGAACGCCUUGGGGUUCCUCGGAGUAGCUGGUCCAGGAAGCUGGGGAGGGAAGAUGGAAAACAACCCAAACCAGGAGACCUGAUUGAGAUCUUCCGUGUCACCUAUAAGCACUGGGCCGUGUACAUCGGUGAGGGCAACGUGGUUCACUUAGUCACCUCUGAGGGAGCUUCAGAUGUCAGCACAAUGCCUCACAAGGACCAGAAGGGCACCGUGAGGAAGGAGAAGCUGAAGAACGUUGUGGGAGACUCCAAAUGGAGAAUCAACAACUACCUGGAUGAGGAAUGUCCACCUCGCUGUAACAACGACAUCGUGAAGGCGGCCUGCAAUCUUGUGGAUUCUGAACUGUCUUAUAACCUCUUCAGCCACAACUGUGAGCACUUCGCCACGGAGAUGCGCAACGGCAGGGCCGUGUCCCGACAGGUGGAGAAAGCAAAAGCUGCCGGGGCUGCGGGGCUAGCUGCUGCUGCUGGAGCGGCAGGUCUCGGUUCGCUCGCCAGCACGGCCUCACGGAGGAGAGACGGGGAGCAGAGCAGCUCUGCUCCCCAUAGUGCUGAGACGGAAAGGUGGGGCAGAGAGAGUGACAGAGGAUGA